AGAGCAGACAUCAGCUGCUUGAAGAAGGGCGGAACACACAACCUCAGUCUGUCAGUGUGUGGAGUGGUGGAGACUGAUUUAAUGAACAGCAGGAAGAAGAUUUAAACCUUUGAGCGGAUUCCAAUUAUUUAAACUUUUUUUAACCCCUUUCUUUAUUCUUUCAAACAGUUUUUUCUUAAAUCCAGAUCAGGAGAAGUCAAAACAAGAGUUCAGCUGUCCAGGRUGGAAAACUGAUGAAUUUUCUCGUGUAGGAGGCCAGUUGUUCUUGCUGAAACUGCAGGAUGAAAAGAUGGCACACUUCCUUACACCACCAGGUCCAGACAGCAUGCACCCCUUCACUCGGGAGUCCCUUAAAGCCAUCGAGAGUCGGAUUGCUGAGGAGAAAGCCAAGAAACCCAAAGGAAAAAAGAAGAAACUCAAGAAUGAAAAUAAGCCCAAACCUAGCCGUGAUCUGGAGGCGGGCAAGCCCCUCCCUUUUCUCUAUGACCUCCCUCAAGGCCUGGUGUCAACGGCCCUGGAGGACCUGGAUCCCUACUACCAUAAUCAGAAAACUUUUAUAGUAAUAAACAAAGGAAAAUACAUUUUCCGCUUCAAUGCUGCUUCUGCCUUGUAUAUCUUGAGCCCCUUCAAUUUUAUAAGAAGAUUAUCAAUCAAGAUUUUGGUACACUCCUUGUAUAAAUGGUUCAGCAUGUUGAUCAUGCUCACAAUCCUUGUCAACUGUGGAUUCAUGACUCUGUCCUCACAGCCUGACUGGGCAAAGAACGUAGAGUACACAUUUACUGCAAUCUAUUCUGCUGAGUUCCUGGUUAAAGUUUUAGCCAGGGGAUUCUGUAUAGGAAAGUUCACCUUUCUAAGAGAUCCCUGGAACUGGUUGGAUUUCUUUGUCAUUGUCUUGGCGUAUGUCACUGAGUUUUCCAAAGAAAUUGGAAAUUUGUCGGCUCUUCGAACAUUCAGAGUGCUAAGAGCAUUCAAAGCAAUUUCAGUCAUCCCAGGCCUGAAGACAAUAGUUGGCGCAUUGUUUCAGUCAGUGAAAAAGCUGGGUGAUGUAAUGAUCCUGACUGUUUUCUGCCUGAGUGUCUUCGCUCUGGUAGGAUUACAGCUGUUCAUGGGCAUUUUAAGGAGCAAGUGCAUUCGAGAGCCUGAUGCUGAGGCUAGGAAGGCAGGGGUUAACUUCAGUGUUUGUGACAACAUAACUAUGAGUUACAUGGAAGACAUAAAUAAUCAUUAUUUCCUUCCAGGAAGUAAAGAUCCAUUGCUUUGUGGAAACAGCAGUGCAGCUGGACAGUGUCCAGAGGGAUAUAGUUGUCAUAAAGCUGGAAAAAAUCCAAACUAUGGUUACACGAGCUUCGACAACUUUGGUUGGGCCUUUCUUUCUCUGUUUAGACUGAUGACACAAGAUUUCUGGGAAAACCUUUACCAACAGACUUUACGAGCUGCUGGGAAACCCUAUAUGGUCUUUUUUGUCUUGGUCAUAUUCCUUGGUUCUUUCUACUUGAUMAACCUGAUUUUGGCUGUAGUAGCCAUGGCCUACGAGGAGCAGAGCCAGGCCAACAUCAGGAAAGCUGAGGAAAAGGAAGAGGAAUAUCAGGCAAUGCUUGAGCAGCUCAAACAGCAGCAAGAGGAUGCUGAGGCAUUGGCAAAAGCUUUGGCAGAGGAUGACGACACCUUUGACAAUGGUGGCACCGAGAGUUCCUCUGAUGCUUCUAAGCUGAGCUCCAAAAGUGCCAAAGAGAGGCGGAACAGGAGAAAGAAAAGGAGAGAGGAGGAAGAAAAAGAUGUGCAAAAGGUUCCUAAGUCCAACUCACUGGACAGCGACAUGGUAGACAUGCUCAACAAUGAUGUGAAACGCUCAUCCAUGCAUCAGUCCUUUCUGAGCUUUCGUGGACCACUACUCUCAUCCAGACGAAACAGCAAGRCCAGCUUUUGCAGUUUUCAAAGCCAGGCRCACGAUGUGAGCUCAGAGAACGAGUUUGCAGACGAUGAGAGCAGCAUUUUUGAAGACAACCUAAGCCAAAGGGGAUCCCUGUUCCAUGCCCAGAGGUGUGAUCGACACAGCAGCAGCACAAGCCAGUGCAGCUUCAUACCGCAUAUCCGAUUUCAGCUAAAUAACAUCAAGCACAGCUCUGURGACUGCAAUGGGGUUGUGUCUCUGGUGGAUGGGAAUUCACUCCCAUCAUCACCACCURUGGGGCUUCCUCUGCCUAAAGUGACACUAGAUAUGGCCUCCACUGGAGACAAUGCUGACACAACAGAUACAGAGUACAGGAAGUCCAGUGCAGGAAACUACGGAGAGUUUUUGGAGGUAAUUGACGGCCCCGAGUUCAGACAGAGAGCACAAAGUAUAGCAAGUGUCAUUACAAGCACCAUAGAUGAACUUGAAGAGUCAAGGCAGAAGUGUCCUCCCUAUUGGUACAAAUUUGCUCACAACUUCCUCAUCUGGGAGUUUUGUCCAAUGUGGAUGAAAAUCAAGAAAACAAUAAAAUUAAUUGUGAUGGACCCAUUUAUGGACCUAGCUAUUACCUUCUGCAUUGUACUGAACACAUUAUUUAUGGCCAUGGAGCACCAGCCAAUGCAUCCGGAGUUCGAAAAAAUGUUGUCUGUGGGAAACCUGGUAUUUACUGGCAUCUUCACAGCUGAAAUGGUAAUGAAGGUCAUUGCACUGGAUCCAUAUUAUUACUUUCAAGCAAGAUGGAAUGUUUUUGAUGCAAUCAUUGUCAGCUUAAGCUUGAUAGAGCUUUGUUUGGCCAAUGUGAAGGGCAUGUCUAUUUUGAGAACAUUCAGGCUGCUGAGAGUAUUCAAGUUGGCAAAAUCUUGGCCCACUCUAAACAAACUCAUCAAAAUAAUUGGUAAUUCAGUGGGAGCUUUGGGCAACCUAACACUGGUGCUUGCCAUUAUUGUUUUCAUMUUUGCUGUUGUGGGCAUGCAGCUGUUUGGAAAAAACUACAAGGACUGUACUUGUAAGAUCUCUGAAGACUGUUCUCUGCCUCGGUGGCACAUGAACGACUUUUUCCAUUCAUUUCUCAUUGUGUUCCGAGUGCUUUGUGGAGAGUGGAUAGAAACCAUGUGGGACUGUAUGGAGGUGGCUGGGAUCCAAAAGUGCCUCAUUCUCUACAUGAUGGUCAUGGUUGUUGGAAAUCUUGUGGUGCUGAACCUGUUCCUGGCCCUGCUGCUAAGUUCAUUCAGUGCAGACAAUCUGGCUGCUGUUGAUGAUGACAGUGAGAUGAACAAUUUGCAGAUUGCAAYUGGACGUAUUCGUAGAGCCAAAGCCUAUAUUAAGUCACUAUUUCGAAGUAGGUGCAAUAGCAUAUGUUUCAGAGAUAAAAAGAAAAAAAAGAGUGAAGACCAAUCUCUGGAUGAACUCCAAAAAUCUUUCGGACGAAAUGGUGUCCCUAGCCAUACCCUUAAAGACUUCUCUAGGGAUGGCAAUGGGGAUGUGACUGGUGUAGACAAAACUGGAGACAAGUAUAUAGUCAACAGCAAGAGUGAUGAUUCCAUCUUGUCUUUCAUAAACAACCCAAGUCUGACUGUUUCUGUUCCAAUUGCUGCAGAGGAGUCUGACUUUGAAAUGCUUAAUACUGAGGAUUUCAGCAGCGCAUCAACCAACUUACCGGAGUUCAACCUGGCUAUAGAUGAUGAUGGGCAGUCCAGCUCCUCGGAGGGCAGUACAGUGGAUUUUACAGAAGAUAGAGGAAAAUCUGACAUUGACUUUGAAAUUGAAGUAAAGAAGGAACCUAAGGACUGUUUUACUGCAGGCUGUGUGAAAAAGUUUAAGUGUUGUCAGGUUGAUGUGAAAGUGGGCUUUUGGAAGCUGUGGUGGACAUUCAGAAAAACUUGCUUUUGCAUAGUGGAGCACAACUGGUUUGAGAGCUUCAUCAUCUUUAUGAUUUUGCUUAGCAGUGGAGCRCUUGCAUUUGAAGACAUCUACAUCGAGCAAAGGAAAAUCGUUAAAGUGGUAUUGGAAUAUGCUGACAAAAUAUUCACCUUCAUCUUUGUUCUGGAGAUGCUGCUGAAGUGGGUGGCAUAUGGAUUUGCCAAGUAUUUUACAAAUUAUUGGUGCUGGUUGGACUUCUUCAUUGUUGAUGUUUCACUGAUCAGUCUUGUGGCCAAUGCUUUGGACUAUUCCGAAUUAGGUGCAAUCAAAUCUCUAAGAACCCUACGAGCUCUGAGGCCCCUAAGAGCCCUGUCGAGAUUUGAAGGCAUGAGGGUAGUUGUUAAUGCCCUUAUGGGAGCCAUUCCUUCCAUCUUCAAUGUGCUGCUGGUUUGUCUCAUCUUCUGGCUCAUCUUCAGCAUCAUGGGUGUCAACUUAUUUGCUGGAAAGUUCCACAGUUGUGUCAACACAACUACAAAUACGGCUUUUUUACCAGCGCAGGUGAAAAAUAUGACUGAUUGUCUCAUGUUAAAGAACAAUCCCGAUAACACGGCAAGCUGGAAAAAUCUCAAAGUCAACUAUGACAAUGUUGCCAUGGGCUACCUUGCCCUUCUGCAAGUGGCUACAUUUAAAGGUUGGAUGGAAAUCAUGUACGCCGCUGUGGACUCACCAGAAAGGCGAGACGAACAACCAGAAUAUGAGAGAAACUUUUGGAUGUAUAUAUAUUUUGUUGUUUUCAUCAUAUUUGGAUCCUUUUUUACCCUCAAUCUCUUCAUUGGUGUCAUUAUAGACAAUUUCAAUCAGCAAAAGAAAAAGUUUGGAGGUCAAGACAUUUUCAUGACUGAAGAGCAGAAGAAAUACUACAAUGCAAUGAAAAAGUUGGGGUCAAAGAAACCACAAAAACCUGUCCCUAGGCCGGCAAACAAGAUACAAGGAUACGUCUUUGACUUGGUCACAAAGCAAGCAUUUGAUAUUGUGAUCAUGGUUCUAAUCUGGCUUAAUAUGGUAACCAUGAUGGUGGAAACAGAAGAUGACGACAGUGUAAAAGAUAAAAUUCUCGAGAACAUCAACAUAGCGUUUAUUAUUGUCUUCAGUGGAGAAUGUCUGUUAAAGAUGAUCGCACUUCGACACUACUUUUUCAUGAACGGCUGGAAUAUAUUUGAUUUCAUAGUAGUCAUUCUUUCAAUUGUCGGCACAUUUCUCUCAGAUUUGAUAAAGAAGUAUUUUGUCUCACCAACCCUGUUCAGAGUCAUUCGGCUGGCUCGAAUUGGCCGAGUCCUCCGCCUUAUUAAAAGUGCCAAAGGAAUCCGCACACUCUUGUUUGCCUUGAUGAUGUCACUUCCUGCCUUGUUCAACAUUGGUCUCUUGCUCUUCUUGGUGAUGUUUAUCUACGCCAUCUUUGCCAUGUCAAAUUUUGCUUAUGUCAAGAAAGAAAAGGGCAUUGAUGACCUUUUCAAUUUUGAGACUUUUGGAAACAGCAUGCUCUGUUUGUUUCAAAUUACCACGUCGGGGGGCUGGAAUGAGCUUUUAGCCCCCAUGCUGAACACAGGUGAUGAUUGUAAUAAUGCCAUGGAGCAUCCAGGGAGCAAUGCUAAAGGAAAUUGUGGAAAACCUUCAGUGGGAAUUGCCUUCUUUGUGAGCUACAUCAUUAUCUGCUUUCUUAUUGUGGUGAACAUGUAUAUUGCAGUCAUUCUGGAGAACUUUGGCGUGGCAACAGAGGAGAGUGCUGACCCAUUAAGUGAAGAUGACUUUGAAAUGUUCUAUGAGGUCUGGGAAAGAUUUGAUCCUAGUGCAACACAGUUUGUCAAGUACAACUUGGUUUCAGAAUUAGCCAGUACUCUUAGCCCCCCGCUACGCAUCCCCAAGCCUAACAGAAAGAUACUCAUGUCCAUGGAUUUACCUGUUGUGAGUGGUGACCGUGUUCACUGCUUAGAUAUCCUAUUUGCUUUCACGAAGCGUGUUUUGGGUGAAAGUGCAGAGAUGGACAACCUGAGAGGACAAAUGGAGGAGCGCUUCAUGGCCUCAAAUCCUUCCAAACUGUCCUAUGAACCCAUUACUUCCACCCUCCGCCGCAAACAGGAAGAUCUAUCAGCUGUUGUGAUUCAGAGAGCAUACAGACAUUAUGCCGUUAAGAGUAAGUUCUCUGACAUCUUGAAUGUUGACACUAAAACCGAUGAAGAGGUCACCAACAGAGACAACCAUUUGACGGAAAAACCUAAAAAGAAAUCGAGUUCUGAUAAAACUGAACCGGCACACUCGACAGCCUCUUCGUCGUCGUGGGGCAUUCACGGUGUGACGACAAACGGCAAAAACAAAUAUGAAAAAGACCAAAGAGAAAAGGAGGUUGGGAGCAAAGAUGUCAAAGAACAAGACACAAAGAAGAACACUGAAGAUGCAGAAAAGACUUUGCAAGAAUGAAAAUGAAGUGUUUACAUUUUUACACGAACAAUUUUAAAUGAUUCCAGGAAAAUAAAUCUUCAUAGCUGUUUGCAACAUUAUAUAAAGUAUUAUGAAUAGUUAAAUCCUGUGAUAAGAGUUUCAGUUGAAAAGUUAUGGACAGCUAAUAUCUUACUUGUUGUAGAUAAUAUUUUGAAUGACUUCAGUUUGGAGAAAUAGAAUUGAUUUAUUGAUGCACAAACAACAGUUCACGUUUUGUUUUGUUUUGUUUUGUUUUGUUUUUGUAUUUGUGGAUAAAAUUAUCACUGGUAUUGCCCUAGGCUGCUCCAAAAGAGUUGCAGAUAGCCACUGCAUCUACUAUUUACGCUUGCAAAUACCCGUGUAAAAUUAACCAUAAUGGAAAUAUUUAUAAAAUAGCAUUUGCAUGAACUGUGAAGAUGUUUUGAAUGUUAAAGUUGUUAUAAGAUGGCAGAAAUCCACUUUGGUUUUGACCCCAGCGAGACCAUCUGUUAUUUCACCAGUCCAGUCAGAAAAAACUCUGUUUCUCCAAAGUUAGGGUGUUCAAAACGCAAUUUACAACAAGUAAAAUUUAAGUUAUUCAUUUCCACAGAUUCCUUUUUCAGAUGAUCUGAACUCUAAUUCUUUAUAGUGAUCUCUAAUGCUUUUGUACUGAAUGUCUACUGCAGCUAUUUCUACUACCUGUGUCUUGAAGUGUUCAUGUAUAUAUCUCUACAUUUCAGUUCCCAACCAAUUUUUGUUUUCAAGCAGAAAAAGUGUUUUAUCCUAAGAUUUAGAUAUUUAUUUUUAUUUUUUGUUUUUAUAUAAAAAUUACACAUAUAUAGAGUUCAUUUUACUUUUAGGUUUAUUCCUUUGUGUUUAAAGGGAACAUAUCAUGCAAAAUCCUCUUUUUAUAGCUGUUAAAUUAAUUUUGUUGUGUAC